GGUCAAAGGUUACUAACAAAAUGGCCGAACACGCUGGAGCGGGCGUCACAAUACUAUGAGCUGCCGAGCAGAGAAGGGGAUAUUUGGAUGCUUUGAUGCGCAUCGAGUGGAGCAUUUGUGGAGUAAACUACUUAUUUUUUAAUAAGGAAACAGAACAACUUAUUGCUGCUCGUGGCUGAUGUAUAUUCGUGGAUGCGUCGGCGUGGUUUGCAUGGAAAACAGUGCACAGCGGGCUCCGGGCGAUACAAACCAAAGACUCAUCGACAGCCUGACACAGUGAUCGUUUAAACAUUCCGACUGCUAACAUAUAGUGCUUUGGGAGAACUGACGAGCACCCUGUAAACGUGUACGAGUCUGGUGAAUGCAGGGGGCUUUGAAUUGUGAGCCUGAAGAGCAGCUCAGUGCGGCUGAGGCAAGGGAAGCAUCACCGAGCGGAGUUAUGGCACCUUAAAAGUUCAGCAAAGCACAGCGAGAAGCAGCGAUGAACAGGAAGAAGGACAAAGGCUUCGAGAGCCCGCGACCCUUUAAAUUGACCCACCAGGUGGUGUGCAUCAACAACAUCAACUUCCAGAGGAAGUCUGUCAUCGGCUAUGUUGAGCUCACCAUCUUCCCCACCGUGGUCAACCUGAACAGGAUCAAGCUAAACAGUAAACAGUGUCGCAUCUACAGGGUCCGAGUAAACGAUCUCGAAGCCCCGUUCCUCUACAAUGACCCCACUCUGGAAGUGUGCCACCAUGAGUCCAAGCAGAGGAACCUCAACUAUUUCUCCAGCGCCUACACUGCCGCAGUGAGUGCCGUGGACCCGGACGCAGGGCACGGCGAGCUGGUCAUCAAAGUACCCUCUGAGCUCUGGAAACAAGGGGAUGAUCUGAAAGUGUUGAAGGUGUACAUAGAGUUUUCUCUGGACCAGCCCAAAGGCGGCCUCCACUUUGUUGUUCCUGAUGUGGAGGGGAGCAUGGCGGAGAGAGGAGCCCAUGUGUUCUCCUUUGGGUACCAGAACUCCACAAGAUUCUGGUUCCCUUGCGUGGACUCUUACUCAGAGCUGUGCACAUGGAAGCUGGAGUUCACUGUGGAUGCAUCUAUGGUGGCUGUAUCAUGUGGGGAUCUGGUGGAGACCAUUUACACUCAUGACAUGAGAAAGAAGACUUUCCAUUACGUCCUUCCCAUCCCAACAGCAGCUCCCAACAUCUCCCUGGCUGUGGGCCCCUUUGAAAUCCUUGUGGACCCCUACAUGCACGAGGUGACACAUUUCUGCCUGCCGCAGCUGCUCCCUCUUCUCAAACACUCAAUGUCGUACCUGCACGAGAUUUUUGAGUUCUACGAGGAAAUCCUGACGUGCCGCUAUCCUUACUCCUGUUUCAAAACUGUGUUUGUGGAUGAGGCCUACGUUCAAGUAUCCUCCUAUGCUUCUAUGAGCAUCUUCAGUACCAACUUGCUCCACAGCGCUAUGAUCAUUGACCAGACUCCCCAGACUCGCCGCUGUCUGGCUCAGGCGUUGGCUCAGCAGUUCUUCGGCUGUUUUAUUUCCAGGAUGUCCUGGGCUGACGAGUGGGUGCUGAAAGGAAUCUCAGGGUACAUCUACGGUCUCUACCUGAAGAAGACCUUUGGAGUCAAUGAGUAUCGGCACUGGAUCAAAGAGGAGCUGGACAAGAUUGUGGAGUAUGAGCUGAAAAUGGGAGGAGUCUUGUUGCACCCCACCUUCAGUGGCGGGAAAGAGAAAGACAAUCCAACUCCCCACCUUCACUUCUCCAUCAAACACCCCCACACACUGUCUUGGGAGUAUUACAAGAUGUUCCAGUGUAAGGCACACCUGGUGAUGAGGCUGAUAGAAAACAGGAUCAGCAUGGAGUUCAUGUUGCAGGUUUUCAACAAGCUCCUGAGUCUGGCCAGUACAGCCUCGUCUCAGAAGUACCAGAGUCACAUGUGGAGCCAGAUGCUUCUGUCCACUCAUGCCUUCCUCAAAUCCAUCUCCAACGUCUCUGGCAAAGACAUAGGCCCCCUCAUCAAACAGUGGGUAGAUCAGAGCAGUGUGGUGAAAUUCUUCGGCAGUUUUGCCUUCAACAGAAAGAGGAACGUGCUGGAGCUGGAGAUCCGUCAGGACUACACAUCAUCUGGAACUCAGAAAUAUGUGGGUCCAAUCAAGGUGACCGUACAAGAGCUGGACGGCUCCUUCAACCACAUGCUGCAGAUAGAAGAGAACAGCCUGAAACACGACAUUCCCUGCCACUCAAAGAGCAGAAGAAACAAGAAAAAGAAGAUCCCUCUGAUGAAUGGAGAGGAAGUUGACAUGGAUUUAUCUGCAAUGGAUGCUGACUCUCCCCUCCUGUGGAUCCGAAUCGACCCGGACAUGUCCAUCCUGAGGAAGGUGGAGUUUGAGCAGGCUGACUUCAUGUGGCAGUAUCAGCUGCGCUAUGAGAGGGAUGUUGUUGCACAGGAGGAGGCCAUCUCAGCACUUGAAAAAUUCCCAACUCCUGCCUCCAGGCUGGCUCUGACUGACAUCCUCGAGCAGGAACAGUGUUUCUACAAAGUUCGCAUGCAAGCGUGCUUCUGUUUGGCUAAGAUAGCCAACGCCAUGGUGAGCACAUGGCAGGGUCCACCAGCUAUGAAGUCCCUGUUCACCAGAAUGUUCUGCUGCAAGAGCUGCCCAAACAUCGUCAAGACCAACAACUUCAUCAACUUCCAGAGCUACUUCCUCCAAAAGACGAUGCCGGUUGCCAUGGCGUUACUCCGAGAUGGGCAGAACAUCUGUCCCAAAGACGUCCUCAACUUUAUACUCGAUCUGAUCAAGUAUAACGACAACAGGAAAAACAAGUUUUCCGAUAACUACUACCGAGCAGAUCUGAUCGAGGCCCUUACCAACUCCCUGACUCCCGCCAUGAGCAUCAACAAUGAAGUGCGCACGGUGGACAAUUUAAAUGCUGAUGUGCGUCUCAUCUUGGAGGAGAUCACACGAUUCCUAAAUAUGGAGAAGUUGCUGCCAAGCUUCCGAAACACCAUCACUGUCAGCUGUCUGAGAGCGAUCCGUCAGCUUCAGAAGAACGGCCACAUACCAAGUGACCCGUCGCUCUUUAAGUCCUACGCUCAGUACGGACACUUUGUCGACCUUCGCAUCGCUGCACUGGAAGCCCUGGUGGACUACACUAGAGUGGAGCGGAGUUCAGCGGAGCUGCAGUGGCUGCUCAGCAUGGCUCAGAAUGACCCAGUUCACUAUGUCAGACAUAAGAUCCUGGGUAUGCUCUGUAAGAAUCCACCAUUCACCAAGACAACAGACUCGGCUCUGUGUAACGAAGCGCUGGUCGACCAGCUGUGGAAGUUCAUGAACUCUGGUACGUCCCAUGACUGGCGGCUGCGCUGCGAUGCUGUCAAUCUCUACUACAUGUUGUUUGGUCUGACUCGGCCCUCGUGCCUUCCGCUGCCAGAACUGGGCCUGGUACUCAACCUGAAGGAGAAGAAAGCAGUACUUAAUCCCACCAUCAAGCCUGAGCUGGGAGUCGGUGCUGUUAUGGACACGCCUGCCAGCAUAGGCAUCCACGGUGUGGGCAUGAGCUAUGCAACAGUGGACGACGAGCCAGAUCCUGUCUCACUGGGUGUGUGUGGCGUAGGCCAGCCCCCUCAGGGCCUGAAGAGGAAGGCUGACACCCCACUGGGAUCUCCUCCAGAGCCAGGACAGGUACUGCAGCAGCAGGAUGAUGAUGGAAGGGGAGCACGCUACAAGAUCAGAUUCAACACUAUGGAAGAUGAAGACAUUGACAUGGAAACUGUUCAUGACAGUCAGGCCUUCAUUCACCAUCACCUAAAUCUGCUGGAGAGACCUUCUACACCUGGUAAAGAGCCAUCAUCUGUUGAACAGGCUCUGCUGUCCAUGCCUGCCACACCCGUGCCAUCUUUCCCCAAAGAGACCACCUCCUCAUCCUCUAAGCAUGGAGGCGACCACGGCCACCAUCACCACCACCACCACCAUGAGCAUAAGAAGAAGAAGAAGAAGCAUAAGCACAAGCACAAGCACAAGCACAAACAUGAGAGCAAGGACAAGGAGAAGGACCGAGACCGGGACAACUCGCACACCUACAGCAACAGCCCGGCCAGCGGCAGGUCGCUGCGCUCGCCCUCUCUGUCCGACUGAGCGUCCAGAGGUUGGCGCUCUCCAGCUGCUGUUGGCGCCGGCUGGGUUAACGGCUUGCAUGUGGCAUGCAACAGCACACUUGCCUCCGUUGCUUCCAUGUCUGGACUCAACAUUGAUUCCUCAGUAGUAUUAUGAACAGGAACUCUGCUGUUGCAGUGUAAGCCUCAGAACCGAAGUCCUCGGCACAGACACCAGGGAAACUUCCACUGAGGCUGUGAUGUCAUCCAGGUAAACCCUCCCGAGACCUCCCUGUGUCCUUACACCACACACACGUACACCACUUCCAGGCUGUGUGGGGCGUGCAACCACACACACCUCUCUCCACAAACAGCCUCACCCCACAGCUCAAUCCCAGCAUUCAGCGUCUGCUGAGGGGAGAAGUGACGGCUCGUGUUGUGGAUUCUGCAUGGACGGCGUGCAGAGACAUUAAACUGAUGGAUUUCACUGCACCACUGACACUCGAGUAGUGUGCGCGCGUGUGUGUUUUAUACUUGGCUUCCUAAUUGCAUAUGUUUUGGUAUCCACAGACGUUGUAACUGCAUUAAACAGCGUUCGUGGCUGGGUUUACUCUGGCAUCAUGUCUUAGCUUUGAUUAGGUGGUUUUAACCAAUGAGAAGAACAGAAGUCAUUCAGCAUUUAGAUAAACAGCUGAGCACCGGCCCUCUGUCACCAAAAACGGUUUUUGUAUCUUCUGGUUCACCUCACCAUGCCGAAAUCCAACAAUAAAAGAAAAAGAUUGUGUCACUCUUCAAA